UACAGAAUUUGACUUGAGCUGUGACAUGGAAUGGGCUAAUGCUAGAUUAAAGACUCUAUAUGACUACCUCAACGAAAUACAGGCAUCCAUAUUGGAUAAGGAUACUGAAGUGUUCACAAAUAUCAACAACCCUGUGGUAUAUGAGGCAUUGAUGUGUAUUCUGAGCUUGACUGCAAUUAUUCUACAUACAACAAGCGACCAUGAUCUAAAUCUACAAAUCUCAGCCACUGUUAACCGAUUUUCUGAG